AUGGAUGCCCAUGAACUGUCGUUUCGCGAUGGUCACGGAUUCUCUACCUCGACUUUGAAAAAUGAGUCUGCCUCGGAAGGGAAGGCGCUGAAUCUCCCAGGAGAUUCUUCCUUUGCAUCUAUGUUUGGCCCAUCUGAGAUCAUCGAAGAUGUUGAAACGGAGCCCGAAUCUACCCAGGACAAGCCCCACAGUUUCAACACCCAAAAACCAAUACCCGAGAAGCUGGCUGGCAAAAACGUCGCACCAUUUCUCGCCAGGCAUAUCCCCGAACAAUACGCUCCUCUUGGUUCGCAGACUGGACAGAGGGUAGAAAUCAGCAGUGCGAAUUCCAAAUACUGUUAUCGUCACCGACCAGAUCUGAAGUGCAGGCGACAGGCUGACGAACCAACAAUGGACAAGUUACAACGGAUUGCAAAGGAAUUAGAAACACUACCACAGAGUGAUCAGCAAGGCAUCGCGCAUGCUUGGUCGAUUUUUUCUGCGGCCCCGGCGAAGCACCGAAAACUUAUCCUGCAGGGAAUAAUGGCUCAGUGUUGCUUUCCGCAACUGUCUUUCAUCUCCGCAACAGUCCGCGAUUUGAUUCGUAUCGACUUCCUCACAGCUCUCCCUCCAGAAAUCUCCUUCAAAAUUCUAUGCUACUUGGACACCACCUCUCUCUGCAAAGCCGCACAGGUCUCCAGACGUUGGAGAGCGUUGGCCGAUGAUGAUGUAGUUUGGCACCGAAUGUGUGAACAGCAUAUUCAUCGCAAGUGCAAGAAAUGUGGUUGGGGCCUUCCUCUUCUCGACCGUAAAAGGUUGCGUGAAUCUAAGCGCGAAAUCGAACGCCGUGCAGCUACAUGGGAUGUCAGCGAGCAGCCAGCGGAAACCGAAAGCAAUUCGACCACUACCGACACUGCAGCAUCAGGAUCCAAGCGAAAACCUGAAUCGGAUAGCGAAGACACGGCCAUGGUAAAACGUCAGUGCACAUCGAUUGUUUCUCAAUCAGCGCAAAAUGAGGACUACUUUAAAACACGGUACAGACCGUGGAAGGAAGUGUACAAAGAUCGCUUCAAAGUGGGCACAAACUGGAAGUAUGGGCGGUGCUCGAUCAGAGUGUUCAAGGGACACAGUAAUGGCAUUAUGUGUUUGCAAUUCGAGGACAAUAUCCUGGCUACUGGGUCCUAUGAUGCUACCAUCAAAAUCUGGGACACGGAAACAGGCGAGGAGCUUCGCACCCUCAAGGGACACCAAUCCGGCAUUCGCUGUCUUCAAUUCGACGACACGAAAUUGAUUAGUGGCAGCAUGGAUCAUACUCUCAAGGUGUGGAAUUGGCGGACAGGCGAAUGCAUAUCUACCUACUCCGGUCAUCGUGGGGGUGUAGUCGGCCUGCAUUUCGACGCGACUAUCCUUGCAUCUGGGUCUGUAGACAAGACCGUGAAGAUCUGGAAUUUUGAGGAUAAGUCAACUUGUCUUCUGCGGGGGCACACUGACUGGGUCAAUGCGGUCAGAGUGGACUCGGCCUCUCGAACAGUAUUUUCUGCCUCCGACGACUGCACCGUCAAACUCUGGGAUUUGGAUACCAAGUCAUGCAUUAGAACAUUUCACGGGCAUGUUGGUCAGGUGCAGCAGGUUGUUCCACUUCCCAGGGAAUUUGAAUUUGAAGAUCAUGAUGUCGAAUGCGAGAAUGAUAACGUUAGCGUCACCUCCGGCGCCAGUCCAGCUGCUUCUCCACAGGCCAUGCCUGGAUUCGAUGCUCAUACCUCAGAUACUCCCUCUUCUGCUUUUGGCCCAGCUUUCAACGAUGGACGUCCUUCACCACCACGUUACAUAGUAACCAGCGCUCUUGACUCGACCAUUCGGCUGUGGGAGACAUCGUCCGGAAGGUGCUUGCGUACAUUCUUUGGUCACCUGGAAGGAGUGUGGGCUUUAGCGGCCGACACCCUCCGUAUCGUUUCGGGGGCUGAGGAUCGCAUGGUCAAGAUCUGGGAUCCCAGGACCGGCAAAUGCGAGCGCACAUUUACAGGACAUUCAGGGCCAGUGACCUGCAUCGGCCUUGGCGACAGCCGUUUCGCUACAGGCAGCGAAGAUUGCGAAGUGCGCAUGUACAGUUUCCAGACAUGA